CUUUGUUUACAUGUGUGAAAUUGCACGUGAAACUCAAAUAAAAUAAAACUCUAACAAAGUUUAAUUUGAUUCAAAAUGAAAAGAAAAAACUUUAUGAAACAACUUUCAGAGUCAGAGUCUGAAAGCAUCGAAGAAGAAGAAUCUGACGAUCAAGACGAUUAUUCAAUCACAGCAGCAUCAAAUGAUAAUUUGAAGAGAAAACAUCUUGAAUCAGAAGAAGAGAACUCGAGCGACGAAGAACCAAAAAUUAAAAAGGCUUCGUCAGCAACGACAAUUGAAGAGUUGAAACGGCUCGAGGAAACCGAAAACAUGUAUCACUCCAAUAUGUUCCGCAUGCAAAUUGAAGAACUGUUGAAAGAAGUAAAGACAACAUCUAAUGUUGAAACUUUUGUGAACGAAUGGUUGCUGAGUUUCAACAAGUUUCUCAAGUCUCUUAAAAAGGGUCCGGAAAAAACAUUCGUCGAAGUUGUGAAAUCAGAUGUAGCAUAUCCGCUUAUCACAAAAGUGCAGGAUUUGACAAAAGCAGUUUUUCAAUUUUUUCCUCCCGAAAGAGAAGCUAAAUUGACAGGGAGUCAACGAUAUGGCACAAAUAUUGGAGAUUCUCUAAACGUUGACAUCGUUGUAACGAUUCCAUUUAACGUCUUUCACAAAGAAGAUUAUUUAAAUGAAAGGUACUUUCACAAGAAAGCUUUUUAUCUUCAAACUUUGGCUGAAAAUUUGAUAGACAAAGAUUUCGUAAAAGACAUGAAAUUCAAUUACUUCAAAAAUGACACAUUACGACCUGUUUUAGAAAUAUCAGCAAAUUGUUCAUUGCAACCAAUAGUUUUUGUAAUUCAUUGUUUCGGGGAAGAAAAAACCUUUAAGCUGCAUCGCUUUCUGCCGUCAACGAACAAUGUUAGAUCCUAUUUUGCUCUUUGUGAAGAGGAAAUUCUCACACCAACACCAAAUUACAACAGUAGUAUCCUGUAUGAUUUAACCUUUGAACGAAAUCAGGAUUUCGUCGAUGACAUGAUCGAAAAUAAUCAGUCUAUUCGUGAUGCAAUCGUACUGUUAAAAAUUUGGGCAAAACAAAGGCACUUUGAUGAGGGAUAUUAUCCAUUCAAUAGUCGUUUAAUUACACUGUACAUAUGCUACCUGAUUAAAACGGAAACAAUAUUCGCAGCAAUGAGUAGUUAUCAAAUUAUUCGUCUCUUUUGGUUCAAUUUAUCAAAAACCGAAUGGAAUACGAAGGGCCCAAUGUUAUGCCCCCUUGUAGGCGAUCAAAAUCGACCGUCGUUGGUAGAUUUUAAUCAACAUUUUGACGUGGUAUUUGUCGACUUUACGGGAUAUCUAAACUUUUGUGCCAACAUGUCAUUGGACUUGUAUAAAAGAGUAAAAGAGGAAGCAGUAAAGGCAAUCAAUUGUCUUGAUAGUAAAACUGUAGAUAGUUUCCAAAGUCUCUUUAUGAAGAAAUUACCUCCUUAUUUGCAAUACGAUCAAAUUUUAACCAUUAAAAACUACAAUAUCAUCAUGAAGACAAUAGAUGAUCAUGGCAAACUCAAAGAUAAACUAAACUUUUGUGACAAUUGGUAUGCGUUGUUACGAAAAAUUGUCAUGCCAAUUCUCAAAAAAGCUUUGAAAAAUCGUGUCAACUUUCUUGUACCUAUAUCUCAUGCUUCUCAAUGUUGGCCAAUCUCACAACCACAUUAUUUCAGAGCAUUUUUCUCAGUCGGUUUGAUUUUGAACCCCUUAGAAGCAUUAACUAUUGUCGAAAAAGGACCGCAAGCUAAUGAUCCCGAAUCCAAAAAUUUCCGUCAAUUUUGGGGAGAUAAAUCGGAAUUGCGUCGUUUUAAAGAUGGUUCAAUUACAGAAUCUUGUGUAUGGGCAAAAAUGGAAGAUCCGGUAGGAGAAAAACGACUAAUAUGUAAACGUAUCUGUUAUCAUAUUCUCAAAAGGCACUUUAAUAUCCCGGAAAUUUCAUUGCACUUUUUGUCUGAUCAAUUUGAUAUUGCAAUUCGUACCAAAGGAAGUAAAAACAACGAUACGGGAGAGCACAGAGCAUUGAGCGUUAUUCAAGUUUUUGACAAAUUAUCACAGGAAAUGAGAACUAUCGACAGCAUCCCGUUGGCAGUAACUUCUGUUUUGGGAAUAGAUCCUGUUUUUCGUUACUGUGAUCUGGAGACUCCGUUUCCGAAAGGAAAAACAUUCGAGUUUGGUAAUGUGAAUGGAUUAAUGGCAUCGAAAUCGAUUAAAGCAGUGUUCCAAUUAAGUUCAAGCGGAAAAUGGCCCGAUAACAUAAACGCAUUACGAAAGUUAAAAACGGCAUUUUGUUUGCAGAUUGCAAAAGCUUUGCGAUUAAAUUCAUUGAAAACCGUUGUGCAAGUUCAGGAAGAUUGUAUGUAUGUUUUGAGAGAAGGAUACGUUUUCAAAAUGAUAUUAGUGCAUCCAAAAGAAGUGCAUUUAUUAAGGGAAACAAUGGCAAAAAAUAAGGUAACAAAAGUAUACAAAGACAAUGAACAGAGUAUUCAAAUUGAGAAGCAAGGAUUGAUGUUACCCAAAUUGACAAGUUCUUUACAUGGCUUACAUUCUCAAUAUUCGUCGUUUGGUCCAGCUGUGAACAUCGCUAAAAGGUGGCUAUUUUCACAAUUAAUUGAUUCUUUUCUUUUUCCCGAAGAAUGCACAGAACUAAUAUUGGCGAAUUUGUAUCUCAACCAAAACCAAUAUGAGACUCCUGUACAACCACAAACGGGGUUCUUUAGAUUCCUCAACUAUAUGGCAUUCACAGAUUUUGUGACAGAAAUGCUCGUAGUUAAUUUCCAUGGCACUUUAGAGGAGGAAGAAAUGAAGUUGUUGGAUAAACGUUUUACAACUGAUCGUGUCUCGUUACCUCCAUUAUGUAUUGUGACAUCGUGUGAUUACAAAAAAUACAGCGUUUGGUCAAAAAAAGCACCAUGCAAAGAAAUUUUAAGAUUAGUACAAAACCUUGCAAAAAAUGCGCUUCACAUGAUUGAACAUGACCUUUUAAUAUUGUCGAGUAAAAAAUUAAAAACACUUUUUACGCCUAAUACUAAUGGAUAUAAUGUCUUAAUACAUGUACUCGAAUCAGUUUUGGUUCCGAGUUAUACAAUUCCGGUCAACAGAUUUUCUUCACCAAAUUUAGACUUUACUGAAAAGAAACUACAAGCUGUUGACUUUAAUGCAGCACAACUAUAUUUGACUGAAUUACGGAAAAAAUACGACGAUUAUGCUUUAUUUUUCUACGAUCCGUGUGAAGGAACCAACAUUUGUGUCUUGUGGAAACCUUUUGCUUUUGAACGCUCCAAAGGCGAAACGAAGGCAAUCAAACAGAAAAGAGUUAAAUUGGAUAUAGAUAGUAUAAUUCAAAGCUUCGAAACAAUUGGAAAAGGUUUUGUGACUAAAGUUGAAAUUCUCUCUGAUAAACUACAAUAAAAAAAACCUAAUAGGAAAAACAUACAUGAAUUCAUGUAAAUAUUU